AUGAAAGUUCGGCUCAGACGACCUCUCCUCCUUCUUCUCUUGCUGUCAAUUCUGUCACCUGGCCUAGCGAGAUCGCCUCGAAGUGUUAAGCGCGGAAAAGGCCAGGUCUUAGUCCCUAGAGACUCCGGCGUGUCGAAGCCAGCCUCCGAACAGCCUGCGGGGCCUGCGCAGUUGAACCCAGUUGGGACCAAGGACGCGCCUGUAGAUGGCAAAGAUGGCAAACCACAUGCUGGUCCGUUUGUUGAGACUGAAGCAGAGCGGGAUCGCAAGAAGGCGAAGGACUCGGGCGAUGAGGAUCCUGCCAUCAUCACCUCGGCAGGACCAGCUAAAGAGCAAGCAGAUCUACGUCCAACAAACGAUGGUGUGAUGGAUGAUCCGAACCGAAUCGGUCCCAAGGACGGUACACGAGGCACUGAGGGAGGCGUAAGCGAGAAGUCGAAAGAGAGCAGGGUUGGAGGGGAGAAAAAGCCAGACCCGCCUAAAGAAGCACCACCAUUGCCUCACAGCGAGCAGGAGAUGAUGAAUGAUCAUCCUAGCAAGGAUAUGGAGAAGGACCUAGAAGAGGAGAAAAAGCUCUUAGAGAAACCAACGGAUCUACCAAGCAAACCCCAUGAUAUACCACCUGCAGAAAAUCCUUCAUCACCAAAAGAUGACAUUCUCGAGCCGGGUAGAAGCUCCUCAGACCAAAAAAACAAGCAGACACCUUUAGAUGAGGCGAAUGGGGUCAUUCAACCGCUCCAUUCCCUUCUCCUAUCUUUCACCAUGAUCCUCUUCUCUGAAAUCGGCGACAAAACCUUCAUUGUCGCAGCACUUAUGGCGAUGCGAAAUCCUCGGAUGGUGGUCUUCACGUCCGCUUUUUGUGCGAUGAUUGUCAUGACUGUGCUCUCCGCCAUGCUCGGUCAUGCGGUGCCUUCUUUAAUACCCAAGUCCAUCACUAAUUUCCUUGCCGCUGCUCUUUUUCUAGUCUUUGGUAUCAAGAUGCUUUUCGAAGCACGCAAAAUAUCUCCUGAUGAGGGUGUCAGCGAGGAGAUGAAAGAAGUUGAAAUGGAACUAGAAGAGAAAGAGCAUCAACAACGAAGAAUGAGCAGACGAAGGUCAUCAGUAAGUCCUUAUGUUUUAGAAUCUGGACGCGGAGUGCGCAAAUCACGGGCAGCUACUACUCGACUGCCCUCGCCACCCGACAGUCCCUCAUCUUCAUCCUCAAGGGAUAGCUCACCGUCUCGACAAUCAUUCUUGUCGAACGCCUUAGUGGGAAUCAACAAUCUCCUCUCCUUACUUUUGAGUCCCGCUUGGGUUCAAACCUUUGUCAUGACCUUCCUUGGCGAGUGGGGAGACCGAAGUCAAAUCGCUACGAUCGCCAUGGCUGCUGGCCAGGAUUACUGGUGGGUCAUAGGAGGUGCUUUGGGUGGUCAUUUUAUCUGUACAGGAGCGGCCGUUCUGGGUGGCGCAGCCAUUGCGGGAAAGGUCAGCCUAAGAGUUGUUACUAUGGGUGGCGCCAUCGCGUUUCUUGUGUUUGGAUUUAUAUACCUUUUCGAGGCAAUCUAUUGA